UUACCGGCAAAGUUUAAAAUCACGAUCAGAGAGACGCCACCUCGAAGAAAAAGGAGAAAGAAGGACACGUCAAAUGUCCGCGUGGACAUGAUAGUUAAGUCUAUGUAGAUAUGUGUAGAAAAUAAUUACAUUGAGAGUAGAGGAAAAUAGUGUGACGUGCAUCUUAACCCACAUAUCUCCUGACCAGCUCUUGACAUCGCUGAUACCCUUCAGUUCCCUCACCCCAAGUAAAUGGAAAUAUGUCUACUUUCUUAUAAACUUCAUUCUGGUAUUUAAUUCCACCCAGAUUGUCUAAUCCAUACGUCAUUAAAUCGCCUAUUAUUGUUCUUACAAUCAAUCAAAUUGAUUAAUACUAUCAAGGCAGUGUGUUAUCAUCGGUAAACAAAUAAAUUAUUUAAAAAUAUUUUUUUUAACCAUUCAAAGUUAUGCGAACGUACCCACCGGAGACAAUUAUUAGUUAAAAAUUAAAAAUUUAUUGUCAGUCCGGCUGUCAGAAUGAACAAUCCAUAUCGUGCGAGACUGGGCAGACAGCGCGUAGAUCACACAGCGACUGCAGCAGUACCGAGUUAUGGAGCACGAAAUCAAAAUUCAUGGCCUACGAUGCCCAGUAAUCAGACCCAGCAAGUUCUAGGAGGAGUUAAUCAGACAAAUAGUGCUGAAGAUUCUUGGGAGUGGGGUACAGAAUCUGCUGACAAUGGUAACGAUUCGUGGAACUGGAAUAUUGAUCAAUCCGCGGAGCAAUCGGGUCAACUACAUCCUCAGCAGCAGCCACCGGCGCACGUGUCAAAUUAUGGGAAUAUGAGACCUCAUCAAAAUUUAACACAAGAUAAUUAUUAUUCAAAUAUAAAUGGAAAUAGACAACUGGCUGGUCAACAUCAACUGCCGCAGCCAACCAGUGGAAAUGUGGCACCAACUGGUCCGAGCAGAGAAUCAACUCCUAGUCAGCCGGAUUCAUAUUCUCAGUAUAAAAAUUUUUCAGUUAAUCCGAUGCAGCAAAUGCCCCCGAGAACAAAUUCAACAAACUCUGGAGUUAUUGAUAAUCAAAAUGUCCAAGCUCAGUGGCAAGCUAAUCAGCAGCACGAUCAUUUUAAUCCUUAUCCUCCACCAAGAGCAUCACCGUUUGAUCAACCAGCCCAGACUCCGCAGUUUAAUUCAAAUGCUUACAGUUGGAAUGGAGUAGAUCAGACUAAUACUGGGGGUCAUAAUUGGCAGAAUCAAGCUGCGGAACCGUUUUGGCAGGAGCAAAAUUCUAAUAAGAAGGAAGAGUAUCAUGCUGAUGAUAAUAGUGGACCAUGGGUGGCGCAUGAUCAAUUUAAUAAACCACCGCUUCAACCGUUGCCAAAAAAUUCAGUUAAAGAAAUGCCGGGGCAGUGGCAGCAUGAUAACCAUCAUGAAACCAAUCAAACUAAAUUACAUAGCCAAGAUACAGCGCCACCUAAUCAAUGGCAUGAUGAUAAUCAUGAUAACAGAUUAGCAGAACCGCAAAAUCAAUUUAUACAAAACCACCCUCGUCAGCCAGAUAAUUUCAAUGCCAAUCAAUCCUGGCAGCCGGUUAAUCUCCAACAAAAUAUUGGGACAAACCAGCCUGAGGCGGAUGCUAAUAAAUUAACAGAUGUCAGUUUGGAUAAUUCUGUAGCAGAAAAUAAACCUUUGCAUGAUUGGCAGGCGGAACGUUCAAUGAGUUAUCCGACAUCAGUAGCUAGUUUACCAGAACCAAUUAAUACAAUUACUAAGGCAGAUAAUUCACGGCACGAGGAACAAAACAUUUCUUUAUUCACUCCACAAACAACUCAAGCAGCUCAGAUUCCUGAUACCAGCAGCAGUUUAUUUCUGCCACAGAACACAGGAAUUGAAUCCCAGGCUAGUGAUCGCGGUCACGAAAAUCUAGAAUCCAGCUUUAGUGUUGAUAGUUCAAUUAAAAAUGAUAGUACUAUGAACGACAUUACAUCAAGUGUCAAGCAAUUGAAUAUUGAUGAUAAAGAUUCUGCUAAUUCUCAGCAGUAUGAGAAUCACCCACCACUAUUUCCGGUUCACUCGAUGCCUCAAUCAGUGGACCAGUGGCCUAACCAGUCUUUACAAUCAGCUCAAUCGGUUAUUAAUAAACCUUCAGAACCACCAGUCUUGUCUAGUCAGCAUCUUGCUCAACCACUGGCUUCACCACAAGAACACUUUGCACCGCCUCCAUUAGCAUCGUCUGAAACUAGACCACGUGGACCCUACGAUCAUACUGAAUCAAUACAGCCGACCAUUCAAUCUCAUGAACACGCUGGAGCUCCACAGCCAAUCAUUCAAUCUCAUGAACACUCUGGACCUCCACAGCCAAUCAUUCAAUCACAUGAGUACGCUGGUCCACCUCAAACAACUAUUCCAUCGCCUUAUUAUCAUCAAGAACAUCCUGGAAUAUUUACCAGCCAUCAAGCAACGCCUGUAAUGAAUGCACCUGAUGCUGCUGGAUCACCAGGUCUCACAAUGCACCCAACUGUUCAAAAAACUAUUCCACAUAAUCCGUCUCUAGAUAAUACGAUGCCUAUGAAGCCUUAUCCUGUAAAUGCCCCUGAGAAUCUACAAAUGUCUACUGAAGUUCCCAAGCAAAUGAUUCCUGGUGAAAUCAGAGGUAUACCAGUCACUCAAACUGGGUAUGAUCAGUGGUACAACCAGAAGACAGUGGUAACAAGUCCGCCGCAAAAUGCUCAGUAUCAAAACACUGAGAAAAGUCCUCCGAUGCAACAGCAAAAACCCUGGCCAUCAGCAGAACCAGCAGAUAAUUAUGAACCAAGUAAAUCUGCUGGUGAAUUUGCUAAUGCUGAUGCUAAGAUAUUAGAGUACGAGUCCAAGGCUCAAGAGCUACUGAAUGUCGUUGAAAAAUUGGGCGCUGAAAAAGGCAAAACUCCGAGUGCUUAUAAUCCAAUUGUCAGAACUUCAGUGGAGCAAACUGUUAGUCAACAGAUAAAUCCUGUAAAUCAAGAAGUUCAUCCGGUUAACCAACAAAUUCAAGCUAUGAACCAGCAAAUUCAACCUCAGCAUGACCCAACAUCUGAAAAUUACGAAUUUGCGUCCAAUGACAGAAAUACAUUCCUCGAAACUGGUGAGUUGACGGAUUUACAUCACGAGCAAGGUAUUGCGUCGUCUAAUCACGAUGAAGAGAAUGAUGAAGUUCCAAGUGAUAUUCCAUUUUUACGAGAAGUACCAGGACAGUCGAGUUAUGGAGAUCCACGACGUAAUGAUCCAACUGGUCAAGAGCAAUACGUGCAGUCCAGUCCUCGCAUUAUUGAUUCUAGAAGAAAUCCUGCAGAGCAGACUCUCAAUCCACAGGGUCGAUCUAUAGCCAUAACUUCAGCAGCUGAUCGCACAGAACGUCGUGAUGUUCCUCCGGGUCAAGAGAGACGGGAAAGUAGACUACCGUCACGUGAUACCGACACACCUGAACGCAGAAAUGACCCAUCAGGAAGGGAGAGAUCACUUCCGCCUUCGCAAUCACGAAAUGACCCUUCGGGUGAGGAGAGAAUCAAAUCUCAAAGUCAAAUAAACUUGGAACCGGUUGAAAUACGUCAAGUACCUGGUAGUGGAAUUGAUUCCGUCGAGCCGACUCCCUCUGCUGAAGUGAUGCGUCAAAUAACUGGAGGUGUUUCUCGCAGUGAACAAGUUAUUAUUGCAGAUGACAGUAACGCGAGAGUUGUAACUGGAUCCCAACAAGUUCCGCCAUCAGCUACCGCCAUGCAGGAUUUGCCGCAGCCAAAUGAAACCAGAAACAAACGCGAAGAAGCUGUCGGCGCUUCAAUAGAAAAUCCUCUUGCUGUAACUGCGUCUCCUAAACGUCGGGAUUCUUAUCAAGACGGCGAUGACGAGGAGUCUGGAAAUAGUCGGGAUGAAAAUCGUGAGAGACGUCGUGAUCAAAGUCCUACUGACAGACGUCGUUUUGAUUAUGAUCAUAAAGGGGACAGAAGUUAUUACGACCGCGAUCGUGAGUAUGAUGAUGAUUAUUAUUACGAAAGAAGGCGUGGCCAUGAUUACGAACGCGCUUACAAUUCACGUGAGGAUUUAGAUAGACGUGACGCGUCAUUUAGAGAAGGAGAUCGCCGACAUUUGAGUCGCGAUGAUCUAGAUGACCGCAGAAAGCUUAAGGAUGAUGACAGAAGAGGACAUCGCAGUGACGUUGAUCCAAGACGUCGCGAUGCCAGGGAUUAUGAACCGUCUAGAUAUCCGCGUGAUCCAAGGGGCCGAGAUUACGAUCGCAGGGAUGAGAGACGUAGACGUUACGAUGAUUAUGAUCCACGAGACCCUAGAGAUCCCAGAGAUCCCAGAGAUGCUAGAGAUCCAAGGGAUCCUAGGCGUGAUUAUUACGAAGAUCCGUAUGCGCGCAGCUCAAGACCUUCCAGCAGAUCUUCUUACAACGACCGAGACCGCGACUACUACGGACGUGGAAGGGAUCCCUACUACGCAUACAAUGGCUACAGUGCUUAUGAUUAUGGAAGUAAUUAUAACACCAAUUACUACGCGUAUUUAGAAAAUCUACGCAGGACUAAUCCUACAGCUUACAUGGAGUGGUACAAUAAAUAUUACGGAAAUCAGCAGCAUGGUAUUAAUAAUGCUCGUGGGGUUCAAAAUUAUCCAGAAGACCGAGCUAGUGUUCAUUCUGGAAGAAGUUCUUGUGAUGACAGAGCAAAUAGUGGAAAACAUACAAUUGGAGAUAUAUCUUUAUUAGAAGAUUCAAGAAUCGCUUCGCGACUCACUCCGACUAAAUUUUCAACAUCACAUGUCCAAGGAUCUUUCUCGAUUGGUUCAUUAGUUCAAGUCUACGCGAGUUAUCCUGCCGAUGGAGAGCGCGCUCGAGUUGACAUUCUUCAAUUAGACAGUUUGUUGAUGCACGAUCCAGUUGCCCGCGAAAUUCGUUCUUAUCCAGGGCCAUUAGUAAAGGGCGUUACACAUAAAAAGACAAUUAUCGAGUACUGCGAAGCCAAAAUAAAAAAAGCGGCAGUAAAUGAUGAACUUGUUGAUCAUCCGUCUUAUAUUUUAUUGUAUCAGCUUAUGAUUAUGCUUAUUCAACAGAACGGCAACGUCGUUGGUGUAGACAUCGCUACAUUAUUGCUACGUAACAAAGAAGUGUAUCCUUACGAGGCUCAGAAAUCAAAUGACAAACCGAUACGUCGCGAGUCAACAAUUUCACAGCGAUCUGGUGGUGCCGGGAGAGAAGGGUCAGUCCACGAAGACGCGGUACAAGAAGUAGAAGAAGUAAAACCUGUGAAAACAGUCGAGCAAAUAACAAACGAAUUUAGAAACACUUUGCUCAGUGGUUUAGUUCAAGAAGCUCUUGAGUACGCGAUGACUGAAGGUCUCUGGGGUCACGCACUUUUCCUCGCAAGUAAACUAGACAAACGUACACACGCGUCCGUCAUGACACGUUUUGCCAACAGUCUGCCGGCCCAAGAUCCUCUUCAGACUUUGUAUCAACUUCAUUCGGGUCGCGUACCAGCGAGCGUAACUUGUGUGGCUGACAGUAAGUGGGACGACUGGCGCCCGCACUUAGCCAUGAUUAUAUCAAACACUUCAGCAAAUCCAGAAAUAAAUCGCCGCGCAAUAUCAACUCUCGGUGACACAUUGACAGCACGUGGUGACAUUCAUGCCGCUCACUUCUGUUAUAUUCUCGCUCAAAUCGAUUUUGGAAUUCACGGUACACCCGGUGUUAAGCUCGUGCUGAUUGGAUCAAAUCACCACAAACCUUAUGCUGAAUUUGCUACACUUGAGGCAGUGAUACUUACCGAAAUUUACGAGUAUGCAAGAAAUUUAAGUGAGCCAGGUUUUACAAUAGUCGGGUUGCAGACAUUCAAAUUUGAAAUCGCUCAAAAAAUGGUUGAUUACGGGUUGAUUGAAAAAGCGUUACUUUAUCUUGAACAAAUCGCCGUCAAUAUUGCCCAGGAACCAUCAAAAUAUAAAGUAUCGUUUAUCAAUAGCGUCUAUACACUGAGUGAGAGAAUAAAGUUCCAUGACCCGGUGUUCAAAGAUUGCAUCGAAGAUGUCGGGACUUUAACUUGGCUCAAUAAUUUAAGUGACAUCGUCGGUCGUUGUCAGACAGGAGAAAUAGUACAGGAGCUCAACAACGGACGUUCAGACGCACCGAGUGUCACGCAUGAUCACGAACGUGACGUUCCUCAGCAGUGGAAUUAUUCUGGUAAUCAGCAGGAGUAUUCAAAUGCCCCCGUCUCUAUGAUGGAAGUUCCUACCGUUGACGCUAAUCAAGACACAUGGCAGCCUAUGUCUCUCCCUAAUAAUAUACAAGAGUCUUACAGUGCCGAUCAAAAUAUACAGUACGGUCAGAAUGUUGACACCAACCAGUACCAUCAGCAACAGCAACAACCGCAGCAGCAACAAUCCCAGCAGGAGUAUUGGAAUCAGCAGACUUACAAUCAAGAAUACACCAGAGAUUACAAUACUGCUGACUGGCAGCAGUCGAGUCACAUGCAGUAUAAUUCCGAGCAAACUGAUGUCGAUUCUGCUCCAGCUCCUGGAUGGAACUACGAGUCGGAUAAAGAGGAAAAGCCACCAACACCUGAACCGCAGUCCCAGCCCCAGAUAUCAAUGGCCCCAUCUACUAAACAAUACGAUCCGCUAGAAGAUCUUGAUACCCUGGAAUCUCCAAAUGAACAUGGAAAAUUGUCAAGCGAAAAUAAAAAGCAGCAUGACAAGCAGCCGGAGAAGAAGACCGCGAAUUCUGGUGGGUCAUGGUUCGGUGGACUGUUCAGUAAACUCACUCCUAAACCCAAGAACCAAAUGAUCUUGCCGGAUGACAACAACCCGACGAUUGUAUGGGAUCCAGUUGCCAAAAAGUGGACUAACAAAGAUGAGAAUGGAGACAGUGGAUCCUCGCGUUUAGCGCCACCGCCAAAAAUAACAGAAAUGAACUUACCCAAAAUUCCUGAACAGAUUCAAAAACCUCCGUCUAUUCCUGAACAACCAAUUCCUGCUCAUCAAAACCAACACAGUCUCGAUUCAUCGACCCCUAAUUCAUCUAAAAUGAUCGCUGGAAGUAAUAAUAUGUUUAAGUUACAAAAAUCAAGAAGUAUGCGCGCUAAUUAUAUCGAUGUUAUGAAUCCCGGAGGAGUUAAAACUAACGGGCCGCCUUCUAAUCUUCCGACACCCGCUAGUUCGCCUAUGAUGCCUAUGGCUGCUUCGUCACCGCAACUUUUUGUCCCAGCACCAGUUAAUGAUCCAAAUGCACCAGUAGAUUUUUUAACACCAGUUCCAGCGGCAGCCCCUCAAAAUGAACCGGCGAAUCAGGGUCUCUCUCGGUGGAGCUCGACUAGUUCACUAUCUCGCGAGGUACAGAGCUACACCAUGAGGGAUCCGCACCUUCACCAACGGAUCAAGGGACCAAUGAUGUAUAACCCAGCAGACGUAACAGAUAAUUCAGCAGUGAAUGUUUCGAAGAAUAGAUACCCGAGGCGAUAAAACACUAAUAGGAAAUAAAUUGUAAUACGCGGUUUUUAUUAUUGAUUUAUCAUUAAUGAUAAUAGUAAAAUUAUUAAUGAUAUUAAUUACUAAGUAAUUUAAAUAAAAUAUAAUUACGAUGAAGGGAAUAAAUAUGUAAUUUAGGGACGUUAAUUAUUUUUUAAAGUAAUUUCUUCAUGGCGUUUGAUGUUUAAUAUAAAGCAUGCAAAAAAUUAUUUAUAUCAAAUAUAUAUGAAAAAUAUUUAUAAUUUUUUGUACUGCGAAUACUUGAUAAGUAUUUUUUUUUUUUUUUGUAAUAUCGCAAAGAAUUUAUAUAUUAUAGUAAAUAUUCAGAGUAACUGAGAAUUGAUAAAUAAUUCAAAGUCUGAUUUUAUAAUCUUGCGCAGAAUUGCAAUUGUGUCUCGUAGAAAAUAUUGAUUAGUUUUUUAAAUAAUUAAUCGUCUUUGCGCAACUCAUUGUAAUAUUUAAUAAUAUAAAUUUUAGUAAUUGUCAUUGUCAUCGAAUUUGUUGAGUAAAAAAGUUUGCAUUUUUUGUUUGUUAUCAGACGCUUUCAUUGAAACAAAAAAAAAUGUUUUAAGGUUUUUGAAUUUGAAUUAAUUAGCGGGAGACGUCAAGUAGAUUUAAAAUUUGUUUUUUUCAUUAAUAAUAAGUAAUUAAUUGCAUUCCAUUACUUCUAACGGAUAGUUUAUGUAAAUACUGGGAUUGUUUUCUUUUUUUUGUCUUGCAUUUUUAACAACUGACCUACAAUUUGAAAGUAAAUUAUUUGUAUAUAAAUUUGUGUUUAAAUUAUCUUAUAAUUGAAUUUUGUUCUGUUCUAAAUAUUUAUUUUUUCAAUAAUAAUCUCAUUGUUUUGAACACUUAUCUGUCGUUACUUAUAAUAAAACAGUAAAUGCCGCAAUAGUAAAACUAAUUGUGCAAUUAAUGGCCAUGUUAAUUAUGCUAUUGAAGAUUUAAAAGGAAAUAUUGUAAUGAAAAUUUAUGUUAUAUAUUUCUUAAAAUAAAAAUAAAUAAAUAUUAUUGUAACAUAUGAAUUUGACGUAUAUUUAAAGGGAAUGAAUAUAUAUAUAUAUAAACUUAUGUCUAUUGUAUAUUAUUAUAAUUGCGAUUAUUUACCUGUAUAUUAUAAUAAAGUAUAAAUAAAAAGUUAAUGUUGGGUUCAGUAG